GGAGCAGCGGAACGACCCCCAAGCAGAGUAGUACCAAACGAAGGAGACCGCCCUUCGAGUGGGUCAGUGCUUAAUGAGCAGACAGGUCAACACCAGAACAGGUCACCGUAUAAUGACAAAGAUCGACCCCCAAGCAGGUCAACAACGAUGGGUGCUCAACAAGACGAUAGUGCUACAGUUUAUACGAAUGUAGCUGAAACGACACUCAACAGAUCAAUGAAGACUGCAUCACGCUGCUCACUUGGAUCAACGAAUAUGCUUGAUGAUUAUCCAAUAUACAAUCCAAUUGAAGACUUCAAAUUUGACAGUGGACAGGGUUAUUUUCCGAUUGAUUCGUCGAAAAUGAACAUUGGAAUAGUCGGUCGAAGUUUUUCCGGAAAGUCGGCACUUAUCAACGCGCUUCGAGGACUCUCCUUCACAGAUCAGUAUGCGGCUGGCAGAUAUCCGUGUGAAAAGAUGGAACCGUUUACGUUCAUUGAGGAGGAACUACGUGAAACGGUGCUUUGGGAAAUCCCGUAUCCGAGACUCUUCUCGAAUGUCUCAGAUAUUUAUGACAGGAGCAUGGGAUUCGAUAGAUUUUACGAGUAA